AUGAUGCACAUGCAGGAGGUCCGAGAGCGUCGAUUGUUUUCCCAACACAUUCGUGAGGAUGAGAAGGACCAGGAACAGACCGAGAUGGAUCCUAUAUUAUCCAAUGCAUUGCCCAUACGACGAUCUCAACCGGAGAGUUGGGUGCGUUUUGUCAUGGAUAAAACCUGGUCAUUUACAUUCCUGAUUGUAGCAUCGUUUGGUCUCUACGAAGCCAAUUUUUUAUCGGAUUUACUAUACGCACCACAUGCCAACCGUCGUUUGAUACACUUGGGCAUUUUGUUUGGGACAUUACUUGGUGGUUUUGGCUGUUAUAUCGAAGUAUAUCGUAGCAUGGUCUUAGGGGAACGUGUCCACUAUGAUAAUGCCAAGACGGCGACACAUGGAAUGCUUGUGUCAAUGCUAUUGUCCGGAUUCUGUAUGACUAUAGGCAUGUGGCCGGUAUGGCACUGGCUUACGCUUCCUUACCUAUUUAUGUGGUCAUGGGGUGUCGUGGUGCAGUUAUUGGUAAUAUUGCCACCGGUUUUGAUCCGAGUGGUAGUUCUAUGCGCCUAUGUUUGGUUCAUGCACUCGUAUCUUGCCAUGUACCUUGUCGGAUUGCAAUGA